AUUAGCUUAGGGGUGAUUUCUCUGAACCAUUCUCUGCCCUCUGUCUUUAACACAUAGUACCAGGUUUCCUCUCCAGUCUCUACUAUACUAAACCUUUCACCCAUCCUUCGUUACUUAUAUUUCUCUUUUAUGAUACAAUGAACAUUAUGUCCACCCACCAGUGUAGUUGGCCCCUGAAAAUUCAGGAUCAUACUGACAAAGGAAGUAUAAUAAAUAAGGCUCCAUUUUCAGGGUAUCCUGGGACUUAUUCUGGAGGAUUAGACUUCCUUAAUGUUGGAUACCUUGCUCAUAAAUGUCGCCAUAGUGCCAGGAAAUGUAGGCCUAUCUUUUCCACUGCAGUGAGUGACAGUAUGGAUCCUUAUGACUCGGAUGACAAUGAUAAGAACAAAUCUCAGAAUGGUGAAAUCAAUGACGUGAAUAGUGAAAUGCUUAGAGAGUCUCUCGAGAAAAUAGUUGGUACAGAUGAUUCCACGUUUAAUGGAUUUGACCUUGCCACUCUUAUUAGGAACAAAUAUGGGAAGUCUUAUGAUGUUCAGUUGAUAAAGAAGGAAUUCAUGGGAAGAAAUCUCCUUGCUAUGAAUGUCAUGUGGAAGUACAUGGAGCAGAGAUCCUUCCCAUUGACUGAAGAAGAGUAUAUUUUGAGGCUUGAUGAUGUUGCAAACACAUUAAAAUGUUGGGGAGCUGUCUCACAUAUUCGGAACAGCCUAGAAAAAUCAAAAGAACGACCUCGGAUAGGGAAGGCCGUAAGCAUUUUCAUAGAUAUGGAUGAGUCUGGUGCUCGUGCAAAUGAGUGGAUCUACAGAUAGAUUGCAUUGAUGUGUUGAAAUUCAUCUCUAGACACUAAAUUCAAGAUUAUAAUGAGAGAGAAGUCCAUAGCUAGCAGGACCACCACUUUUUUUUUUCUGAACUUGGUUAGUUUGAAUUUUAUUACACUUGGAUCUUAACAAUAUCUACAUAGUCUUUCUAACGUUUCUGUUGGCAUCAGGUCAAGGGAACAUAAUAUUUUUGGUUCUUCCCUUCUUUUUUUCAUUUGAAGUUUACAGUAUUGAUGUAAAGUGAGUUAAUAUAAGAAAAGAAUCCACAUUAAAAAUUACUAGUAAA